CACCUUCACCACCACCACCAUGGGCGUCGCAUUUGACUACUACCCGGACCGACCGGAGAACAUUGACACGAUCCUGAACGGCCUCGAUCGCUACAACCCGGAGACGACGGGCGUGUUCCAGGACUAUGUGGCUGCACAGUGCGAAAACCAGCUCUACGACAGCUACGCGAACCUGGCGCUGCUAAAACUUUACCAAUUCAACCCUCACCUCGCCCGCGACGAGACCAUCACCAACAUCCUCGUCAAAGCCCUCACAGUCUUCCCCUCCCCAGACUACAGCCUUUGCCUCUCCCUCCUUCCUCCCCACGUCCUCCAAAAGACCGCUCAGUCAGGACCUCCCACCUCGGGUUCCCUCACCGAGAUUGUUCAACAUCUUGGGAUCCUCCACACACAACUCAACAACGCACAAUAUUCGCAAUUCUGGGAAACACUAUCCGACGAUGACACCUACGCAGACCUGACCGCUGAUGUGGCCGGAUUCGAAGACACUAUGCGCGUGAGAAUCGCCGUGGUCGUCUCACAAUGCAUGCAAGAAGUUGCACGCGAUGUUCUAGAGUCGUGGUUGAAUCUCGAUGGGGCUAAAUUUGAGGGCUUCAUCAAGGAGGUUUGUGGCUGGAAUAUCGAAGGCAAUGUGGUAAAGGUGCCUCUAAACAAGGAGAAUGAGGCGAGGAGUGUGGUGCAGAGGGAGACUGUCAAGUUCGAUCAGUUCUCGAGGAUGAUUAAGAGGGCGUAUGAGCAGCCCGCUUGACCGCCUGCAUUGGUGACUUUAUUUCCACGGGAGAGAGAGGGAGAGAGAGGAGGACAAGGAUAUUGUUGCAUGCAUAAUUCCCAGAUGAGGGGAGAUCAACGGCCAGCGAAGGCGUUCGGGAAUGGGAUUGAACAAAAGGCGGAUCAUACCAAGAUCUGACAUGAUCUGAUGAUCAGCACGAAAGAUGGCCCGCUGAGGCCUCGCUUCUAUACUAUGAUGAGCUAUGGCCCACAAUGAACGAGAAUUGGCUUACUGCUAGCCAAAUUGACUGA